AUGCUUGAAUUAAUCUUAUUGUGUAUUGAAAAUGCAUUUCCAGUUUCAAGUAAGUCUUCGCUUCUAUAUCGCUCAGACCCUGGUAGAACUCGUUCAAGUGUUUAUCACCCCUCCGUAGUACUUCACAACUGUCCUUUCUGCUCCUAUUCCACACCUUAUAAAGGAAACUUACCGACCCAUAUUAAAACUCAUAGUGAAGAGCGCCCUUAUAGUUGUGAGAUCUGUUCAAAAAGUUACAAGUUGAAGAGUCACUUAGCCCGUCAUGUUCAGAGUCAUAGUGCUGAACUCCCAUUUAAGUGUACUGUCUGUGACAAGUCCUUUCAUCGAAAAGAUCGCUGGAAACUCCAUGUUCAAGCUCAUGAUGUUGCAUUAGCUGAUACCUUAGAUUAA